AAACUUGAGAUUUACGUCAAUGGAAAACAGGUUUAAAAUAUUAACCACUUCAGGGACACUCCCCUCGACUUUUUGGGGUCAACUAAAAAAACAGCCAUGGCAGCUCUGGUUGGAGCUAGACAAACCCUAAUUGCUCUCUCAAUUCUAACGUUACUCUCAAUUCUUUUCACAUCAUCAUCAUCCUCUCAAGAGAUCCAAAUCCUCAAUGCUGAGCGCAGAAUUGACUUGACUUCACAGAUUGUUAGGGUUUUCUUGACUUUAAAGGUUGAGAAUACUGGAACAGCAGCUGCUUCAGAACUCCUUCUUGCUUUCCCACCUACUCAAUUUGAUCAUCUGGCAGUUGUCAAGGCCCAAGCAGCUACAGGAAAGCGGAAGAAGAAAACUUAUGUUCCCCUUGAAGUAGUGCCCACAGAGCGACCUGAUGCACCAAAUGGAACUAAAUACUUUACCAUAACUUUCCUCAAUCCAUUAAAUUCUGGUGAAACUGCAACGUUAGAAGUACUGUAUAUACUUACACAUUCUUUGGAACCUUAUCCAACUGAAAUAAGCCAAUCAGAAUCACAGUUGGUAUAUUACCAUGACAGUGCUAUAAUAUUAUCACCAUACCUUAUUAAGCAGCAAACAACUUUUAUCAAGACACCAAGUGUAAAAGUAGAAUCAUUCACAAGAAUGGAACCCACUAACCGUGCUGGUACAGAACUAAAGUAUGGGCCAUAUGAAGAUCAUCCUCCUUAUUCAUUUUCUCCAAUAAUUAUUCAUUUUGAGAAUAACAAUCCAUUUGCUGUUGUGGAGGAGCUUGUGCGUGAAGUGGAAAUAUCUCAUUGGGGUAAUCUUCAGAUAACAGAGCAUUACAAGUUGGUUCAUGCUGGUGCUCGGCACAAAGGCGUGUUUUCAAGGGUUGAGUAUCAAUCGAGGCCAUCUCUUAGUGGUGCAUCUUCAUUCAAACAUCUUUUAGCAAGACUACCACCUAGGGUGCAUUCUGUCUAUUACAGAGAUGAGAUAGGGAACAUUUCCUCAUCUCACUUACGUACAGAUUACCGAAAGUCAGAACUUGAAAUUGAACCACGGUAUCCCUUAUUUGGAGGUUGGAAAGCUACUUUUAUCAUAGGGUAUGGGCUACCGUUGCAAGAUUUCCUUUUUGAGUCUCCUGAUGGGAAGCGUUAUCUCAACUUUAGCUUUGGCUGUCCUCUUGCUGAGACUGUUGUGGACAAGUUGACCAUCAAAGUUGUGCUGCCAGAGGGUUCCAAAGAUCCUUCAGCUCAGGUUCCUUUCCCAGUGGAUCAGCACCUGGAGACCAAAUAUUCAUACCUUGAUGUUGUUGGGAGGACUGUGUUGGUUCUGGAAAAGAAAAAUGUAGCUCCUGAGCACAACUCUCCUUUCCAGGUGUAUUACACUUUCAACCAAGUCUUCAUGCUUGCAGAGCCGUUGAUGCUGGUAUCUGUAUUUUUCUUCUUUUUUGUCGCUUGUGUAGCUUACUUGCACAUUGAUCUGUCAUUGACGAAAUGAUAAACAUCCUCAACAUGGCCAAGGCAUGAGUAUGCAACUUAUUAGCAAUGAAGUUGCAUGGUUGACACUGAUAUCGUCUUUCUGCAUUCCGAAGCUCAGGAUGGUGUCAGUUAAACUUCUGUUAGCUUCAGAUAGUAAAGCUGGGUAGGAUCUAUUAUCAUGGACCAUUUCUGGGCAAUUUCAAAAUUUUGAGUAGUGAAAGGAGUUCUAAGUUAGAGGUUUUGAAAUCAGGACUGCAAAUAUUGCAUUAAUUCAUACAUGAAAUGUAAGAAUCUGAAGUAUAUGGACUGAUAUAGUUUUUUGCAUUAUUUUCAUUGUAUGAAAUUUUAAUAUCAUAAUCGGUUCAAUGCUAUUGUUUGAAUUUUUUUUCCUGAAA